AUGAUAUCGUGGCUUAACGUCACUGCAACGGCUAUCCCUGGAACCCAGAAACGAAACCUUGCAGAGUCGCACCACACAGCAGCCCCAGUGACAUCGCAGUGUGAGAGCAAAGGGGAAGAAAGGAAGAAACAGAUGCUUAUCCGUGUACCGGUGGAGUCUUGCGAACAGUACAAAAGUUGUAGCGAGUGCCUGGGCUCAGGGGACCCCCACUGCGGAUGGUGUGUGCUUCACAACAUGUGCACCAGGAAGGAGCAGUGCGAACGAUCCAGUGAGCCCCGGAGGUUUGCCUCGGAGAUGAAGCAAUGUGUCCGACUCACCGUGCACCCCAACAAUAUCUCCGUCUCCCAGUACAGCGUGACGCUGGUGUUGGAGACCUACAACGUGCCUGAGCUAACCAACGGGGUCAGUUGCUCCUUUGGGGAUUUGGCAGAAAUGGACGGCGUGGUGUCGGGGAACAAGAUCAAGUGCCUGUCACCAGCAGCCAAGGAGGUCCCGAAGAUCAUCACGGAAAAUGGAGACCACCACGUUGUCCAACUCCAGCUCAAAUCCAAAGAAACGGGCAUGACUUUUGCCAGCACCAGCUUUGUCUUCUACAACUGCAGCGUCCACCCCUCGUGCCUCUCGUGUGUGGAGAGCCCGUACCGAUGUUAUUGGUGUAAAUACCGUCACGUUUGCACUCACGAACCUCGCAAUUGUCACUUCCUGGAAGGUCAAGUCAAACUUCCUGAGGACUGUCCCCAGCUGCUGAGGGCCAGCAAGAUCUUGGUCCCCGUGGAUGUUAUCAAGCCCAUCACCUUGAAGGCCAAGAAUUUACCCCAGCCGCAGUCCGGCCAACGGGGCUACGAGUGCAUCAUCACCAUCCAAGGCGCGGAGAAGCGAGUGCCGGCCCUGAGGUUCAACAGCUCCAGUGUCCAAUGCCAGAACACUUCCUAUUCCUAUGACGGGAUGGAGAUCAACAGCCUGCCGGUGGAUCUGACGGUGGUGUGGAAUGGGAAUUUCAACAUUGACAACCCUGCCCAGAAUAAAGGUAACUUGUCGUUUCAACUUGUCCUUGGAAGCGCCAGCUGGUCCUCUGGUUUCCAGUACGCCAACCAGCUGGUCCUCUGGUUCCAGUACGCCAACCAGCUGGUCCUCUGGUUUCCAGUACGCCAACCAGCUGGUCUUCUGGUUUCCAGUACGCCAACCAGCUGGUCCUCUGGUUUCCAGUACGCCAACCAGCUGGUCCUCUGGUUUCCAAUAAGUCCAGUGAGAGGACCUCGCGAAGGAGGAACCAGAGUGACCAUCCGAGGAGAAAAUCUCGGUCUGGAGUUCUGGGACAUCGCGACCCAUGUCAAAGUUGCUGGCGUGGAGUGUGUUCCCUUGAUGGAUGGAUACAUCGCAGCAGAGCAAAUUGUCUGUGAGAUGGGCGAAGCAAAACUCAGCCAGCAUGCUGGAUACGUGGACAUUUGCGUGGCUGAAUGCAGACCAGAAUUCAUGGCGAAAUCCUCCCAGUUCUAUUACUUCACGAUGCUGUCUCUUUCUGACCUCAGGCCAAAGCAAGGACCAAUAUCGGGUGGUACCCAAGUCACGAUCACGGGCAAAAACCUAAAUGCGGGAAGCAACGUUUCCGUAAUGUUCGGAGAAUAUCCUUGUCUUUUCCACCGGAGGACGGCCGAAUACAUUAUUUGCAACACCACAGCUUUUGGAAACGUCUUGGAGAAGAACAUGGUGGACGUAACCGUGAAGGUAGACAAGGCCACGCUGCGCAAGGAGCUGGAGAAGGCUAAAAUGCACAAGGAGCUCAAGUUUAAAUACGUGGAGGAUCCAACCAUUUUGAGAAUCGAACCCGAGUGGAGCAUUGUCAGUGGAAAUACACCUGUUACAGUUUGGGGCACCAACCUGGAUCUCAUCCAGAACCCUCAGAUCCGGGCCAAGUACGGUGGGAAAGAACACAUCAAUGUCUGCGAAGUUCAGAACGAGACGGAAAUGGUCUGCCAGGCUCCGGCAUUGAUGGUGGAGCCUAGUAACACGUCUGAUCUGGCCGAACGGCCGGAUGAAUUCGGCUUUGUCUUGGACAACGUCUUCUCCUUGCUGAUCCUCAACAAGACCAACUUCACCUACUACCCAAACCCUGUCUUUGAGGCCUUCAGUCCCCCCGGGAUUUUGGAACUGAAACCUGGAACCCCUCUGAUCUUGAAGGGGAAGAAUUUAACCCCACCGGUGGCGGGAGGAAACGCUAAGCUGAAUUACACCGUGCUGAUUGGGGAGAAACCCUGCGUGGUUACGGUCUCCGAUGUCCAGCUGUUGUGCGAAUCCCCAAAUCUUACAGGACGGCAUAAAGUCACGGCUCGUGUUGGAGGCAUGGAGUUCUCUCCGGGCAUGGUCAACAUCUCCUCCGACAGCCCGCUCAGCCUGCCUGCCAUCGUCGGCAUCGCCGUGGCGGGCGGCUUGCUCAUCAUCUUCAUCGUGGCCGUCCUGAUCGCCUACAAGCGGAAGUCUCGGGAAAGUGAUCUCACACUGAAGAGGCUACAGAUGCAGAUGGACAAUCUGGAGUCCAGGGUGGCUUUGGAGUGCAAGGAAGCUUUUGCAGAACUCCAGACGGAUAUCCAUGAGCUGACAAGUGACUUGGAUGGGGCAGGAAUACCGUUUCUGGAUUACCGGACGUAUACCAUGAGGGUCCUUUUCCCUGGCAUUGAAGACCAUCCAGUAUUAAGGGAUCUGGAGGUUCCUGGUUACCGGCAAGACCGGGUGGAGAAGGGUCUCAAGUUUUUCGCCCAGCUCAUCAACAACAAGGCCUUCCUUCUCUCCUUCAUCCGCACCCUGGAGUCUCAACGCAGCUUCUCCAUGAGAGACCGUGGCAACGUGGCCUCCCUCAUUAUGACUGUGCUGCAGAGCAAGCUAGAAUAUGCCACCGAUGUCCUCAAGCAGCUCCUGGCCGACCUGAUUGACAAGAACCUGGAGAGCAAAAACCACCCCAAGUUAUUGCUUCGGAGGACCGAAUCGGUGGCGGAGAAGAUGCUUACCAACUGGUUCACCUUCCUUCUUUAUAAAUUCCUCAAGGAAUGUGCUGGGGAGCCCCUCUUUUCCCUCUUCUGCGCCAUCAAGCAGCAGAUGGAGAAAGGGCCCAUCGACGCCAUUACGGGAGAAGCCCGCUAUUCCCUAAGCGAGGACAAACUCAUCCGGCAGCAGAUCGACUACAAGACCCUGGUGCUGAGUUGUGUGAAUCCGGAUAACGUGAACAGCCCUGAGAUUCCAGUGAAGAUCUUGAACUGCGACACCAUCACCCAAGUGAAGGAGAAGUUCCUGGAUGCCAUCUUCAAGAACGUGCCUUGUUCUCAUCGGCCCAAAGCUGCAGAUAUGGAUCUUGAAUGGCGGCAGACCAAUGGCACCAGAAUGAUCCUUCAGGAUGAAGAUCUGACCACCAAGAUUGAGAACGACUGGAAGAGGCUGAAUACUCUUGCCCAUUAUCAGGUGCCAGAUGGUUCUCUGGUGGCUUUGGUAUCCAAGCAAGUCACUGCUUACAACGCAGUCAACAAUUUCACCGUCUCGAGGACUUCUGCAAGCAAGUACGAAAACAUGAUCCGCUACACCGGAAGCCCAGAUAGCUUGCGUUCCCGGACGCCCAUGAUCACGCCUGACCUAGAAAGUGGGGUCAAGAUGUGGCAUUUAGUGAAGAACCACGAGCAUGGCGAUCAGAAAGAAGGGGACCGAGGGAGCAAGAUGGUAUCUGAAAUCUACCUGACAAGGCUGCUAGCCACCAAGGGCACUUUACAGAAGUUUGUGGAUGACCUCUUCGAGACAAUCUUCAGCACGGCCCACCGAGGCAGUGCGCUGCCCCUGGCCAUCAAGUACAUGUUUGACUUCCUGGAUGAGCAAGCUGACAAGCACAACAUCCACGAUCCCCACGUGAGACACACCUGGAAAAGCAAUUGCUUGCCCUUGAGGUUUUGGGUGAACAUGAUCAAAAAUCCGCAGUUUGUCUUCGACAUUCACAAGAACAGCAUCACGGAUGCCUGCUUAUCGGUGGUCGCACAAACCUUCAUGGACUCCUGUUCAACCUCAGAGCACCGUUUGGGCAAAGAUUCCCCAUCUAAUAAACUGCUUUAUGCCAAGGAUAUCCCCAGCUACAAGAACUGGGUAGAAAGGUAG